UGGCGGAAUAGGUAGGCGGCGGGGUAUAAAAUAUUCCCGGGACGCGUGACUCACCUGCUCCUCCUCUCUGGUUGCCCCUAAGGUGUGGCCUGCUGCCUGGAAAGUGUCAGGUGCUCAGAAGUUCUCCAGCGCGCGCCUGAGGUGGCAGUUUAUAUAAAGGAAGCACCGGGACUUGUGGCCACACCUUUCAAGAACAAAAAAAAUUUAGAAAAUGGAGCCACCAUGUAUGUUGUGUGAGGAAGAACAAGAGCCAGAACCACAGAAAAGCAUAGAAGAAACCAAACCAGUAGAUGAUGAAGAUGCUGAGCUGAUCUUUGUUGGGGUGGAGCAUGUAAAUGAAGAUGCUGAGCUGAUCUUUGUUGGGAUGACUUCAAAUUCAAAGCCAGUCGUUUCAAACAUAUUGAACAGAGUUACCCCAGGUUCAUGUUCAAGAAGAAAAAAAUACGGUCACUUCAGAAAAGAUAAUGCUAAGAAAUUGCGGCCUGUAAGUCAUGUGACACCUACAUCAGAAGCAGUGACUGUCUUGCCAGUUUCUGACUCUGAAUCAAGAUCAACAGAUAGUCCUGUUAUUAUUGAGCCUUUGUCUAAACCUGAUUAUAAAAAUAAUUCACCACAAGUCGUGCCUAAUAGCUCUUUAGAGUUACAUUCUCCUUUGAUCGCAUGCACAAGUUCAUUGCAGCAUCCAGUAGGAACAGCACUUUCUGCAGGAGGUAUGAAUAAAAGUCCUCGAGUAUCAGGGCAGCUUUCCACUUCUGAAACAAGUAGCACAAAUCCCAAAAGGCCUAAACUCAGUGAUGGAAUCAUAGGGGGACAUUCUUUAGCUUUGUCCCCUUCAGGUAUCUUUCAUACAGUGACUACUCAGCAAAGCACAUCCUCAAACAACGUUCAUGACUCAUUAAGCCAUGUUCAGAAUGGAGAAGCUUUUCCAAAGGACAGUGACCAUUGCAAGCCUGUAAGUCCUUUUAGGGAAAAUGGACUGCCAAAAACAGACUUUUUGAGCCUAGCAAGUCAAAACAAGAUUGUUGAGCCCACGAAAGGAAAUCUGAUUGUAUUACUUGAUGACUUUUACUACGGACAGCACACUGGAGACGGGCAGCCGGAACAGAAGACUCACACGACCUUUAAAUGCCCCAGCUGCUUGAAAGUUCUAAAAAAUGUCAAGUUUAUGAACCACAUGAAGCACCAUUUAGAACUUGAGAAGCAGAAAGGUGACAGCUGGAAAAACCACACCACCUGCCAGCACUGUCACCGCCAGUUUCCUACUCCCUUCCAGCUGCAGUGUCACAUUGAAAGUGUCCACACUGCCCAGGAGCCCUCUGUGGUCUGUAAAAUUUGUGAAUUGUCCUUCGAAACCGAUCAGGUUCUCUUACAGCACAUGAAGGACAAUCACAAGCCUGGCGAAAUGCCCUAUGUGUGUCAGGUUUGCAGUUACAGAUCGUCAGCCUUUGUGGAUGUGGAAGCACAUUUCAGAACAUGCCAUGAAAACACUAAGAAUUUGCUUUGCCCUUUUUGUCUCAAAAUUUUCAAAACUGCAACACCAUACAUGUGUCAUUAUAGAGGACACUGGGAAAAGAUAAUUCACCAGUGUUCCAAAUGCCGACUACAGUUUUUAACUUUCAAGGAGAAAAUGGAGCACAAGACCCAGUGUCAUCAAAUGUUUAAGAAACCGAAGCAACUAGAAGGAUUGCCUCCUGAAACAAAAGUUGUCAUUCAAGUGUCACUGGGACCCCUUCAGCCAGGAUCAGUGGAAGUGGCGUCUGUUACUGUGAGCACAUCUGAUUCUGAACCAUCACCCCCCAGAUCUAAAAGUAGAAUUCCAAAAAAGCCCUGUUAAUUAUACUUUCAGUAAAUCUGAAGCAAGUAUUGCAACCAUAGAAACAAAAAAUCCAAAACAUAACAUUAUUCAAAAGCAUCAAAUACGGUGAAACCAAUGGAUCAUUUAUGAAUUUUUUUUAAUUCAUGAAAUACAAUGUUGUUUGAUCUUAAUUUUGAGAUGUUAUUUUAAAAUAUAUUACCUGGUUUUCAUAUAACUGAUUUACCACAUAAAAGAUGUUUGUGUAUGUGUACAUGAGAGAAAGAAAAAAGUGAAAACCUAUUUAUUAUUUUGGUAUUUCAUGCUAUUUGUAAUUUUGAAAGCUCUUCUAUAUAUAUAGAAUCUGUAGAAUUUUUUUUAACAACUGAAGUUUAUUUUCAGCUUUUUCCAUGCCUUGAAGAUUUCAGUAUUAACUAUAGCCAGAGUGGAAUGGCUUUGUCAUGGUGUGGUCCUGUGUGCUGCUGAACUCCCAAAAGUGCCUCUGUUGUGCUGACCUGAGAUUGCCUGGCUCUGAGAGCCUGGGUGUGGAAAAGCUGGGGGAGAAGCUGCUGCAUCAAUGGGGCCCAGAAACUGGGAGUUUAGUCAGUGGAGAGCAGUGACUCCUUGUCCCAGUUGAGGAAGAGGCAUACAUUUACCUCAGACUUGGAGCCAAAGCAGAAGGAACACUGUCUCAAGAGUAUCUUUACUUAGUCCAGAACAUCCCAGGAAGCCAAACCAUUAAAGUAAAAUGCCUGUGUUUGGUGAGGGGACCCUGCAGGCAUCAAGCAGGUGCUGUGUAUCAUUGGCUUCAGAUGGAGAAGCAGAGAUAAUAGAAUGGAGCCUGGUGCCAGUGGACCUCCUGUUGAGUGAUCAGAAGGGGAAUUUGAUUUGGUCCCUCCUCCCUCCCUCCUGGGUGGUCUUUAGUCAGAAUGAACUAGCCACAUCUGUUUCAGCCACAGCAGUAAAGGAAGUAAAGGUUCCCAUGGAGAAGAAGCCCUGACAUCCAUAGUUAGAGCUGCCCUGGACCCAUAGUUUUAACUGAAAAGGGCCAAACACAUGGAAUCUGUCCAGUUUAUGAACUGGGCUAAAAUUAGUUCUCUUAUCCUUAAUCUGGAAUAGGGUUGUCCAAGAACAGUAGUACAGUGGAUAAAAAUAGCCCAGGGUGAACAAACCCAUUAUAAGGCUUUUCCUUAUAUUUUUCCAUGUAUAUGUAUCUUACUCUAAUUGAACAUGUGAAGUUUGCAGUUUUGUAUCUGCCUAGGACAUGAAUGUUAUUACAGUUAAUAGUUAUUCUCUUAUGUGUAUAAUUUCCCAUUUUAUCGAACUAAUACUGAGUUUGGGUCUUGACAUACUCAAUGUGCAAAAUGUCUCAUGUCAAUAAUUAUCAGAUCUUAGGGUUACUAUUCAUCAUCUACUCUAUCCAGCUAUCUAAUCCAUGACUAUACUAUGGGGGAACCUCUUUCCCUGCCACCUCCAAGGCCUCUUUCUCAGAGCUGUGGAGUGCCCUCUGAAAAUUGGUUCCUGUACGUCAGCAGCCUUGGCUGCCUCCGUAGGUUCCUAGAGUUGAGUCUCCGUAGGCGUGUUUUAGUGCCAUCUCUUCUUGCUCCACCUCCAACCCAGGUGCCCAGCAGCCUCUGCACCACUCAAGGAAUCUGGGAUCCUGGCUGUAGACUUGUGCCAGGAGAAAUCUCUCCUUUUUUCUCUUGCUUUCUCCUCUUUAAAGGUACUUUAUCUCUCCCCACUCCUUUCUUCCCUCCUCAGUCUAGUUAGAUUCUCUAAGCUUUCACAAAAUGCUGAGAAGUUAUGAUCAUCAAGGGGUUAGCAUCCCUCUUAGCACUGAGGAAGAAGGACUACAGAUAACAAAGUUGUUGUGUUUUGUCCAUUUGUACAUAAUUUCCAGAGUGUAUUUAUUUGCUCAGUGCUUAAUGAUUGAUUUGCACUUUGAAUGUUUCACUAGGCCUUUCCAGUUAGUUUGCUUGGGCCAAGGCACUUUGCUAAAAUUUCAGCUUGAACCCCUUUCUUUAGGUGUAGAAAGAGUAUGUUUGUGUGUGUGUGUGUGUGUGUGUGUAUGUGUUCUAGUCUUAGGUGGAAACUUUUGUGUAUAAAUAGAUGUGCAGACUUUUGCAUACUUAUCUCCCUUAUUCUGUUUCUAUGAUAAAAAUAUGAAAUGUUUUAGUUCUAUGUUUUUGUGGUUGCUUAGUAUUAUUAACACUGUUACUGUUUGCUCUUUCACUACAGUGUGCUCCUAAGGAGUACAAGUAGUUAUUUAUUGCCAACUAAGGUUCCAGUGGUAUGGCCCCCGACUACCUCCUCUCUACAUUCUCCCAUGCUACUCUACCAUUUUCCCCACCGCGCACUGUUUUUGAUACACUGGCCUUGCUUUUCAAGCAAAUCCCAUUUCUCCCAAUCCAAAGACUUCGCAACUGCUGUUCUCCUUAGAAUGCUCUUCCUCUGGGCCUGCAUGGCUUGCUACCUCGCUUAGUUGUUUGACACUUCCUUCCUUUGGUUUAUCGAGCUUCACCAAUGUUGUUAAAAUCACACAAUGAAAUCUCUGCCCUCACUUUCUUUUUCCCUCCUCCUCCUCCUUAAAGGCACUUUAAGUCUCUGCACUCUUCUCUCUCCAGUCUGGUUAAAUUUCCUAAGUUUUCAUAAAAAGCUGGAAAGAGAUAAUCAUCAAGGCUUUGCUUUUAAGGGCUUUGCUUCUCUCUUAGAAUUGAGUUAGCUUGAAUCAGUUUCUGUGCCUGCAACCAGAAGACAAUGAAUAGUGAGUUGAAUUCUUUCAGGAGCUUUCUCUGUUUUUCUAUUGAUACCUCUAUAUAUUUUUAAGGCAAUGUCACUUUGUUUUGUUUACAAAUAUAUUGAAUAUCUGUCAAGAUUACUAUUUUGUUAUUUCUCUUUGUGAAUUUCCUUGUCUAUUUUGCUUGUUCUUUCAGAUGAAAUCGAUUAUUUUAUUAAUGUUGCCAAAAAUUGUAAGUAAAAUUAGCAAUUACAGGAAUAAAAUUUUUUUU